AUGGACUGUCCUUUUAAUAGUACUAAAUAUACCGAAUGGAGAAUGGUCAUCUCCUGGUGGCGAUGCGAAAUUGUUUGAAAGCGAAGGCGUCUCCAUCAGUUGGUAUGCUAAAGCUAAAACAAUCACAUUGAAUGGAAGGUGUCAAAGCGAGACCGAAGAAAAACUGUACUCGAUAGCCUCAAUUUCUAAGGAAUUACCUGAAGUAAACAAGCAGAAUAGUGACGCAGACUGUGCUAUGGGGGACUCUUUUAUAUCUCUGGCCGAAGCAACCAGUAAACCCGAUCGUAACGAAAAGUCUCUGGAAGAACAUAUGCAAUUUUUUGAAAAUCGGCUGCAGGUUUUAUCUAAAGAAUUUGCUGCGAGUAUGUCAACUGUAAAGAACAUAUUGUGGGAACAUUCAAACGAGCUAAAGCAAAUUAAUAAUCCACAUCCAGAUAGUGAACUAACAGCUUUAAAACGAGAAAGUCUUGAACUCAAAAACCAAAAUAAAGACUUAACCGAUCGAAAAAGUAAUAUGAACUAUAUCCUUGCUGAUUUGCAAGGGAAAGCUAAAGUAGCUGAAGACGAAAAAGCCAGCCUAAUUACAUCUGUUCGGCUAUUGUGUAAUGAUUUGGGAAUCAAUCAACCAUCAAACGGCAAUUACCCUUUACAAGAUAAUCGACCGCCUGAGAAUAAUACCAAAGCGGAGCGUUAUCAAUUUCGCAAUAACAUUUUAACCCAAAAUAGCCUCAGUGCACAAAACACGGAAGAAAUAAAUUGUUCAAAGGAAAAAUCUUUCGAUCAUGAUCGAGUUGCAGGAACGGCUGUCCCAACCAAUAACCGUUUCUCCCAUCUGAAG